ACCAAUGCACCAUAUUUUGUUAAUUCCGUUCAAUUUUAAAAUGUCCAUACGGAUUACGGAAUCCUUAAUAUGCAUUUUCAUUUUGGCGCUCAGAGAAAAUAAAAUUGGCGCUUCUCUGUCUUCUCAACUCUCCUGUUUUUCCACUAGAACUCCAUUUCUGCUCUUUCUCACCGCCAUCGCCGGCUCCUCGUUUCGGCAGAUUAUCGUCGUCUAGUAUAGCUCAUAAACAUCUUCUGGAAACGACUAUGCCUGGAAUUUUGUUCAAGAACGUGAGGCGGAGGUGAGAGGCUGCUGAUGCACAGAUGACCUGCUUUCAAACUAGUAGGGCUACUAUGGGUCCAGCUAGGGCUACUGACAAUUCUGCAACUGAGGCAGCAAUGUUCACUGCCGCUGCCAACUAUCCCAUGCGGACGGUUACUUUUCCUUCAGUUUCGACCUUUGUCCCUUGUUUUCAGUCCCCUAUUUAUUAUCUGAAUGAGAUGGAUAAGCUUAUGGCAUCCACUAAAGGAUGGACCGACAAUUGCAUGGGUUGGGUUCCCCCCUACUCACAGAUCUAUAUCUCUGUUCUGUUGUACUUGCAGACCACGCGUGCAAUGGAGGCUGCUGGUGCUUGCACUAUAAAUUCUGAGUUUCAGAAUCUGCUAUUGUUUUACCCUAUUGAGAGUUUAUGGAUCCCAGGGCCCUUGGUUCCAUGCUUUAAGAAUUUGGCUUGUUUCAAUCCUACCGUUACAGGUAGGUUUGGGAAGGUUACCCCUGCUUUACCCGUAGCUCCUGGAUGGAGUAGAAAGAAAGGGUUUGGUAUGAGGCGGACUUUUGCUUCCCACCUUCCUAACAUCAGUGUUUUCAUCUCUAGGCUUAACUCCAUUUGUGAAGUUGCCUCCCAAGCCAAUAUUAAUCAGGCCCAGUUUUCAAGAGAUGUUAAUGGCCCGAGAAACCUAGGGCUUUCCAAGCAAACUGCGACAACAAUAAAUCUGAGCGGCACAUCAUGUCAACCCCUGGUGCCUCUCUAGCUUAUGCAGGAAACCUGAGGUUGUGGCAACAUGCUGCAGAUAUGCUUGACUCUAUAGACAUACCCCCAAACCUUGAUCUGACUCAGCAGGAUAAUGAGGUCCCAAAUUCCUGGACUUCUUUUCUGCGAUUUGAUCACAGUCCGAACUGGUUUACUACGUUAGUAGUUAUGAUGGGCAAGUAUUGUAAAUUCUGGCGUGGCUCUUGCCCGCUGAGUGACUGUUCACCUGAAGGUUCAGCUGCUGGAGCUGUCCGCUUAUAUGCUAUUAGAGGGUCAAGCAUUUUUAAAUGUGCAGAAUGGAGUCCUGCUCAAGGAGAGUACAAUAUCCAUGAGCAUGGGAACACUAACCAGUUUGGACACUAUAUUUUACAGCAUGAUGCUACCCUGAGUUUUAAUGCUGCUAAUGCAUUUGAAGACCUUCCUGACCUUCAUGCUCAAGCUGACCUUACUUUCCACUACAACAUGCUCUAUAAAGAGAGAAAUGCAAAGAAACUAAGAAAAGGACCUUUUUGGACUAUCCACCCUGACACUCACACUCUACGCAAUAUAUCAGUGUAUCAGGCCAUUCCAGCCACCUUGGUUCGUGAGAGUCGUGACUACCCAUGCUAGCCACCUAGACAGUAUACAUACUAUUGAAAAUGAUAAGAACAGGAAUAGGCUCUGGUGUUUGACAUUUGGUGUACAUGAUUUGUGAAAUGAGCUCUCUUUGUAUUAGCAAGUGAAUACUAUCUUGCGUAGCUGUGUUGCUUGACUAAUUAUCUUUAUAUCUUUACUGCUGUCAUUUUCUUUGUGUGAGACCUGGCUAAAUGCUGAAGGCUCAUUGAGGAGCAUCACAGGACAUGCUUAUGAUUUUGCAGUGGAAGAUGAUGAUACCUGGACUACCUCAAGUAGUUGGCUGCUUCUGCUAUUAGUCUUAUUACCUUUGAAAUUGAAAUUGUAAAAAGUGUGAGGAUGCCUCUUUAAAAGGUUUAUAAAGGUUCCAAGGGGGUGCAAUGAAAUACCUUAAAAAGAAGGUAUGCCAAAGUGUUUAUACUUACAGGACAAUUUUUAGCAUGCCUGUCUUUGACUCGGUAUGAUCAAGUAAAUUAACAAUGGCAGCAUUUUAGGCUCUGCUUCUAAAGUGGUAUGUGAGCUGGGUUAACAAUGUAGUGAGACUUUUAUGUUGAACAGGAAUUGAGGAAGGCUUGAAGAAGAGUUGUUAACUUGUCACUUGAGCUAAGUGUAAGGUGUAAAGUUUUAUGAUAUAACUUUCUAAAUGAGAGUAAUCAACCUUUAGAAGAUAUCCUCUCUAAUAUUCAUGCGUGUCUUCCGAUUUAUCACAAGUUAUCUCUUAUGUUGGAUAAUCUAAAUAGUAAAUACUGCUAUGUGAUUCUCCCUACGUCUAGAAAUACUAGCCACAUACGAAGUAAAUUUUUAAGGUUGCCUGGAAAAAAAUUUGCCGCAAUUUGUAAUAUUGCAUCUGUUUGUAUGUUGUAGUUGGUUUUACUUUUACCCUGUUUAGACUGAGGACCUUUCCUUUGUUUGUAGACUUGCAGUUUAUUGAUUCCUGAAGAAUGUAUAAUUUUUGCUCCUAAUUUCUUAAUUUUGAACCUGAUUUUAUUGGCUAUGUCAAUCCCAAUUUCUAGUCUCAACUCUCAAUUCAUGGGUUGGGAGAGAUCAUUUUAAAGUGUAAAUUGCAAAUUUUAUUUUUAUAGUAUUUUUGGCUUCUUUGAACUCGUGGCUGCGUUGCUUUAAAAAUAUGGAUCUUCAGUCUUUUAAUGUGUGAGAAUUUGUUGUUUCUUUGUCAUUUUCAGUUUCUGUAACUCAUGGGUCUAAUCACUUCGUAGGCUGCUCAUUGGUGUCGAUGAAAUGAUGAAUACAAGCUGAAUCCUUCUACUCAGUAUUAGCAUUUAACUUGAAGAUGGACUGACGGAGUAAUUCCAAAGUUUUCAAUCUGCUUUCUUCUGGCAUGAAACAGAAACACAAGAUUUAAUUUUAACAAAAUCUGAGUUGACGCACAAGUGAUAAAGAUAAUCAUUGGUUCUGUCUGUUUUCAAGCUGCAUAACAGCCUCAAAGGCAGCUUCUAUAUUUCCAUAGUUGCAUCCCCCUCCCCCUCUAAUGUUGAAACUUGAAAUUGUAGUGUAUGGUUAUCUAAGACUAAGGCUGUGUUUGUGAUUACAUUUGGCUAUCAAGUUAUGUCGUUCUGUUACAGCUCUUUAAUUUGUGUCAGGGCCGUCUCCGGCAAUUUGGUGGCCCUGUUCUAAUUAUAAAAAUUGGGCCCUUAAAUUUUUAAAGGACUAUUUAUAAAAAGUUUAAAAUAUUAUUAUUAUAAAAUGAUUUUUUUUUUGGUUUUUCACAACAAGAAUCAUAUUUCUAGAUUGAGUCAAUUCUUCAAUUUUUUUUUGACGUUUUUCACAACCAGAAUCAUAUUGCCUAAUUUUAGGAGCCAUAAUUAAAAAAAAACAACAAUUUAUAUUUCAGAAAUAAACAAAUUAUGCAUAAAUUAAGAUAACAAAUAUAUAUAGAUAGAUACAACCUGCUCUUUAAUCAAGUAAUCAACCUCUGCCCACUCCAGAUCCACCAAACAAGAACAGUUCGCCAGAAUAUUGAGUGCUUCCAUUAACGU